AAAAGUUAAACUGAAAAAUCUCUCACCUCUUGCUCCUUUCUCAGGUAUAAGUGACUGUCUUGGCUUGAUAACCCUUGCAAAAGACUAUCAGAGCAUCCCUAAUUGAAAGCUGUUAAAAACGAUAACCCUCAGCUCUUUUUCUUUUUAACCUAUCGUAAGCUUCCAUUUCCAGUUCAGUCACAUACAAGAUUUCUAGUGGUCAUUUCCAGUCUACAGCUGUUACUGAGUUUUGCUUGUUGCAACUGUGAUGGUAAAGCAAAGGGGAUCGGAUAACUUAGUGGAUGAUAGCUCCAUUAAGGACUAAUGAAAUAGGUUGGCAGAUCUUCCAUCCCUAAUGGAGCCAUUCUGGGUGGCUGGGAACAGAGGGAAAUGGCAGCCCUGCCCUCCCCAGACAGUUUCUCCAGUUCCCAGUGUUGAAGGCAAAGGGCUGGGAUGAAUAGACCAUCGUCUGGAUGCCCUGCAGGGCACUGCACAGGUUCUGAGAGUACUGAGAGGGCACAGUGCUUUGCUGCAUUUUGAAAUGCCUAAUCAGUUUCACUGUUCUCUGAAAACCACUCCUGUGUUUCUGACUCAUGGAUGACACCAUCACAGUUUGCACUGCAUUGAUAAAACUCUUGUUUGUAAGCUUGGCUGUGCAAUAAUGAAGGUAUCACUGAUUCAGCAAGGAGAUGGUGAAUGGUAAUCCAAGGAGGAGUGUGGGGCCUUGCUAGGGUGGCAAAACACAAAAGAGGCUCAGGAUGUCUGUAAUUCAGCAAGGGACAGCAACAGUUUGCAAAGCAAAGAAAGCCGCUGUAAAAACAUGUCUAGAUAACCCCUUUGUUUUAGAGUGGAAAACCAUCGAUGGAGAGGAUAUGCAUUUUAUACUACAGACCUUAGAAGAAAGGAUUAAACAUACUGGGCUUAAAAAGAUUGAGACUCCAAGAGUGAAAAAACGUUCCCUUACAAAAAAACAAAUGGAAAGAAAGCAUGAUGCUAGCACCAGCGAACUCCCUAAGGAAGAGAACGUAGAAGGCCAUCAACAAAAAACGGGGUGGACUGACACAAGUAUCAGAAGACAGCUUGCUAUUGGAGUUAAUGAAGUUACAAAAGCAUUGGAAAAAGAUGAACUUCUUCUCUUGCUGGUAUGCAAGUCUGCAAAGCCUGCUAUGAUCACAUCGCACCUCAUUCAGCUGAGCGCAAGUCGAGCCACGCCAGCAGGGCAGGUUCCCCGUCUUAGCGAAACUAUUGCACCGCUUCUCGGCUUAACAUCCAUUCUAGCACUAGGCUUUAAGAAGCAGUCUGAUAAAUUUACAGAAGCAAUAGCAGCAAUAAUUCCCAAGAUACCAGCCUUGGAAGUGCCAUGGUUUCAGCACAGAACUGAAGAAUCUGUGGAUUUUGCUCAUGAAGGUUCUUCAGAAAAUGAGGAACCUGAGCAGCUUGCAGAGGUGCUGGGGGAUGAGUUCGUGAGCCUGAAGCGGAAGCGUAUGGAAAGCAAUCUUUCAGAUGUGAUUUUGCAGCCUAUGAAAAUCAAGAAACUUGUUCCAAAUCCAAAUAAGAUUAAAAAACCACCUCGCAAAAAGAAGAAAGCUUUUUCAGCAUAACUGAUUUUUUAAAUGCAAUAUGGAGUACAGCUGUAACUGAACUAUCUUGUUAGGCUUUAGGGUGUAAAGCACUUGAAUACAAGGUGGGCUUGUUGUUGCAUUCAGUUGAGGUACUUUCUGUUUUAAUAAAGAAUGUUGCUCAAA